AUGCCUGGAAGAUUAAGGUGCAAAGCCAUGUUUACAGGCAAUAAAUGAAGCUUUUAAAACCAGAGACAGCACACUGCCCUACUGAAGAUUGAGGGUGCUUAUUGCCGCAAAGAAACAGAAUCUCACCUGGGCAAGAGCUGUGCUUACUCUACAAUGCAAAGAACCAACACUGCGACUCCUGGUGGUAAACCAAACAAGACUUGUGUCAGUUGUGGUAAAGUGACCUAUGCCCAUGGAAAGAGUGGCAUGGUUCGUGCAAAAUUCAUCAGCUACCCACCUGAUAAAGCUAUUGGACACAGGAUUGAUGUGAUGCUGCACCCAUCAAGGAUCAAAAGCCUCUGA